CAAAAUUUGGUUGAAUUGAAGCAGGAGCUUGAGGUUACAGUAGGAAUCGCAGAUGAUUCCGAAAUCACCUCGUGUAUUUUGCAAGUGAAUGUACUCAUGGAAGUGAACCCAGCGAUUUAAACUCGGGUACUCGAAUAAAGACUGCGGUUCGUUUCACCAAAGAACUAAAGAAGUGACAUGGCGUCCGGGUAGGAUGAAAGUUGACUGUUACAAUCCAAACGUUAAUGUUAUUUUCAUGACAUUAAUUUGAUAUAUUAUUAAAUAUAUAUAUAAAUAUAAAACCGAGAGCCGCGAAUUAAAUAAAGAUACCGGCAUUGAUGGUAAUGCAUGCGAGGAAACCACAAAGGAUCAGCGAUGGGUACUUCGAAAAGCACCAAACCCAUCCCUAUCAGCAGAACGCCAAGUACAGCGGUUCAAAAGGUGGAUAUCCAUCAUCAACAGUAUCAUCGGACAAUCGUUACGAGGGCCGAAUGCGCGAUUCUCCAAAUGGGAAUUCGUAUAGUCCAGCUGGUGGACUGGGCAUGGGCAUGCCUGUGGAACGCGAGAGUCCACGUAGCUACACAACCAAACCUCUUUAUAAGAAGGAGAGAGAAAAUAGAGACUAUAAGUUAUCUUCUUCACGCGAAAAGUAUUCCGAUUGUGCACGAUCUCCAAAAGACAAGAGAAGCCGUGACAGUCGGGACUCUGAGCACAGGACCAAUCAUGACAGGAGUGGCGGAGAGAUCUUACAUCCCAUAAAAUUAUCAAAUUCCUCACGAGAAUCGUCGCAGCGUAAACCUGCGCAUAACUCUUGUCAGGAUAAGAGAGGUGAUGAACGAGGUGGUGUUGUGGAAAGAGCUGCAAGAUUUGGCGACUGGUCAGAACACUUGAGUUCAUCAGGUAAAAAGUAUUAUUACAAUUGCAAAACAGAAGUAUCACAGUGGGAAAAACCACGUGAAUGGAUAGUCCGAAAUGACAGCAGGCAACGUCAAUCGAAUGAUUAUUCAUCUAGGUCAAGUCAUGAUAAACAUUCCAACUCGCGAGCAAACAGUAGCAAUAUAAGAGACGGUAAAUCUCGACAAACAGACAAACGCGAGUACUGGGGAUCGUGUUCAGGUAGCAAUCAAGCCAGCAAUAGUGUGGGUGGUCCAAGCAGAGAUGAAUUGUUGUCGUUGUCCUCACGUGAGCGUGAUAAAGAACAACGUGAACGUGAUCGCGAGCAACGGGAGCGGGAGCGUGACCGAGAACAGCGCGAGCGUGAACGCGAAUUACAGCAACAGCAGCGUGAACGUGAGCAGCAACGUGACAGAGAUGACAUGUGUGGUGGUGAACGUCAGUCACAGGACAUGGACAUAUCUCCGGGUGAUUCAACGCCGACCUCUGAACCACAGACAUCUUUGCACGAUACACUGCCACAGGGGCCCGUUCUUCUGGCUACCGCGUUACCGCGACUGGCCUCGCAUCCCCCUACAUCAUUGUCAUCACAGUCAACUGGUAAAUUGUCGACCUCACCUACGACGCACAGUAGUCAACCCGGCAAUAGCAAUGCACCUGGACCGCCGGUUACUCUUGCUAAUUUACCAAGAUUGUUGUCGCAAAUAACUGGUAGUAAGGAUCAGAAUGAUAUUACGCCACAGAAAGCACUUCAAACUAUACAGACUGCUAUUUUUUUGUCGCGACAACAAUCAGGAAGUAGUGAUCGAGGAGGUAAUGAUCUUAUGGCACCGCUAAAAGUUGAUACUAGCGGUAAUGUCAAUUUGACGAAUGAGGGCCCGCCGACCCCAACACAUUCAGAGACACAGGAUUGCAUUGAUGCUAGAAAGAUGGUGAGUCCUGGAGGAUUGAAUGCCGGCGUUCAGGGACUAAGUUCGCUGCAGGGAGUCAGCACACUGGGUUCUCUUGGUAGUCUCGGUAAUGGUGGAGGUCUCCAAGCGCUUUCAAGAGUUCAGCCACCAUUGACACCUUCUCUGACACCGUCACUUGCAAAUCAUUAUCGGGAAGAUCUGACUCAACAUGUCCGCGCUUUUCCUGCUGAUAUUCUUGAAAAACAAGCCCAAAAAUUAAGUGAAGAAGCACAUACUAUGGGGAGUUUACAAUGUACUAGAGUUUCAGCAGAGCUUAAGACUGCACGAUCAUUAGUGAGGCUCACUGAGAUUCAAGCAACAUUACAAGAACAAAGGAUAUUAUUUCUUCGCCAACAAAUAAAAACUCUGGAGAAGCUGAAAUCCCAAAACUCCUUUAUGUCUGACGACUCUUAGUGUAAGGGACUUUAUAAAAAUUAUUAAUUAAUUAAUUAUUAAUAAUAAUAAUAAUAAUAAUAAUAUUAAUAAUAAUGAUAAUGAAGGAACAUAUAAUUAAUUCACGCAAGUAAACAAGAAUAAAAACAUAAUUAUUAAUAUUCUCAUAAAUAUUAAAAUUAAAGAAAAAAAUUUGAAAAAAAUAAAAAAAAAAAUUAAUUAAGAAAUGUACCUAAAUUAUGUCAUUAAUAUAAUAGAAGUGAUAUGAAUUAGCGAAUAAUGAUUGGGCUGCCUAGAGAGGAUAGGCUUUGCUUCUCAAUCUAUUUUUAAUUAAUAAUUAAUUAUUACUAUUAUUAUUAUCAUCAUAAUUAAUUUUUAUCGUCAUUUAGCAUUGUCGUUUUUAUCAUUAUCAUUGUCGUCACGUCAUCCUCGUUAUCAUUAUACAUUUAUAAUAAUUACCGAUUAAUUAUAAAGGAUAUAAAUAAAUGAUUAAUUAAUCAAUAAAUUAUUAAUUAAUUGAUUAAUAAAUAAUUUAAAAAAUAAGAAAUAUAUUAAACACCUCUCUGGGAAAACGCAUUAGGCCUAUCCCCGCAAAGCAGUUACAUUAAAUUAAUAUUAAUUAAUUAAUUACAUUCGUAAUUUAGUAUAGGGGAAAAAAAUUAAUGACUUUAGAACUUUUUUUUUUUUUCAUUAUUUAAAUAUUAAUUAAUAAACUUUGAAUACUUGUACUGAAUUGUAUAAAUUAUAUUUAAAAAAAAAAAAAAAUUCACAUCUUUGUACUACUUGUGUUGUGACAAAAGUGUUUCUUAUCUUAAAAAACAAGACAGCAUUUUAAGUAUUUCAAGACGAUAGAAAAAUUUUUUUAAAAAUAAAAUAUUUAAAUCGUGAGUACGAUUAAUAAAAUAAAAAAUGAAUAAAUAUAUAUAAAUAAAUAUAUAUAUUAAAAUAUUAUAAUAGCAGAAUUUAUUGACCAUUUUAUUAACAAUUUUUUAUAUACUUUUUUAAUGCAUUAAUUAAUUAAUUAAUAAUAUUUUUUUUUUCACCAGAAUCUUAUUGUUUAUUAUUUUUUAUUACCAAAAAAGUCUAUUGGGUCAAUAAGUCUUGCCGGCAAAUUUAAAAAAAAAGUUGGCUUAUUCCAAUCGUCAUUUGUAAAAAAAAUAAUAAUUAAAUAAAAACAAAUUAAUUUAAUUAUCUCACCAUAGAAAUAAUAAAUUAAUGAGUAUAAAAAAAUGCUUUUGUUGCGCGUAGAUUUGCUUUUUAUAAUUUCCUUGUAAUUAGAUACGGAAAAAUAAUUAUUAAAUAUAAACAAUCAUUAUUAAAUAAUUGAUAACUAAUUAAUUAAUUAAUUAAUUAAUUGAAUAAAUAAAUAAAAUAGGGUAAAGUCACUGGUGGUUGAUUACUAAAAAGAUCAACGUCGUUC